CACCUUCCUCACUCUCAUUAUUCCACCUUCAAUGAAUUGUUCUUGUCCUAAGAAAAAUGGUUACUUCACUAUGGGGUUGUACUAACGCGACAUGUCUACUCUCACAAUAUAUUAACAUGUCCACAUUCCGGGAAUGUCUAUCCCAGCGCAAAUCGUUGCUUAACCCCGAUUAACACAUCAGGGUCACUAGUCAAAUUCCGAUUUAAGUGCACCCCGAGAUGUCCUCACGUAAAAGCAGAAAGACGGUUAACAAUUUAGCAUAGAUGGGUCAAAACAAGUUAACCUUUCCAUUUUCGUAGUGGGAUUCUGUUCUUGCUUUCUCCAGUGUCAUGAAGAAGAGUUCUUCAUCAUCAUUCCAGAACUUGGGAUCUUUCCCAAGUCCAGGGGCACCCUAUUACAGAGAGAGAAGCAUUGGGAGCCAAAAGGGGUGGUGCUCAGAGAGAGUUUCAAAGCCUUCAAGUAGUUCUGGCAGCAUCAGCAGAAGGCACACAAUGGCAGGGUUAACACCCUUUUGUGGUGGAAGAACAAUGCCAUCUAAAUGGGACGAAGCUGAGAGGUGGAUUUGUAGCCCAGUUUCUGCCUAUGCUGAGAGCAGAAGUUCGCAUUCACAGCUUCAGCGAAGGCCAAAGUCAAUAAGUGGCCCAAUUGUGCCUCCUGGUGUGGCUGCUUUCUACUCAAAUUACUCACCUGUGCUGCCACUUCGCCAGGGUUUGGUUGUGAGGAACUUGGUGGUGGGUUCGCCCUUCUCAACUGGGGUGCUGGCACCUGUUGCUGUUUCUGUUCACCACUUUGAUGCACAUGAUGGCACUGUUUUUGGCUAUGACUUGGACAGUGGAAUGCAGUUUUCUAGCCCUGUUAUCAAUGAGAAUGGCAUGGUGUUUUCUCCAUUGUCCACUGCUGCACCCACGUGCUCUGAACUGCCCUGUAACCAAUCAUCUCCUAUCUCUGAAGAUGAGAAGCAUGACGGAACGAUGGAGGGGGAAAACGUAGCAUCUCAUUCCUCAAGGUGUGACAAAGGUACCCAAAUGAGUCCAGGAGAGAUAGAGAAUGAUUCACAUUCCUCUCCAAAAUCUUGUGCCACUUCAAUUGUGGAUCAACAACAAUGCCAUUCUUCUAAAUUAGAGGUCAGAGAUGUGGAAGUUGACAGCCAAGCUACAAUUGUCAGGUGGUCCAAGAGGCAUGCAACCAAAUUGGCCAAAAAAGACACUCUACACAGCAAAGAUUUAAGAGAGAUUAGUGCAGAAGCCCAAGCAUCAUGGGAUAUUGACGAGUCAAACAUUGACACUUCCAAGUUACAGAGAGAGGAAGCCAAAAUCAUUGCGUGGGAGAAUUUGCAGAAAGCAAAAGCUGAAACUGCAAUACGGAAACUUGAGAUGAAAUUGGAAAAGAAGAGAUCAUCAUCAACGGAUAAAAUUCUAAACAAGCUAAGAAGGGCACAGUUGAAAGCUGAGAAUAUGAGAAGCUCAAUUCCUGUACAACAGAGCCAUCAGGUUUCCAAGUGCAGAGUAUUUUCGUUCUCCAAAUAUGCUCAGAUAUGGUCUCCAACCAGUUGCUUCAGAAGCCAUGAUCAGUGAUCGAACCCAAGUAAAAUCCCUCAAGUCAUUGAGGUUUUGACCAGUUCAUAAAAAGUAUACUACGCUGUCUUGAUGCCAAUUUGACGUAAUUUGGCAUGUGUUAGAAAGCCUUACACCAUUAUUUGCAUCUAGGUACCUAUGUAUUCUGUGUAUAUAAAAGCACAAUGGUUGUGAUUAACUUUUUUUUACUUCUUUUAUAAACAUUCUUUUUUUUUUCUCGUUUUCUUUAUGAGCACACCAAGUACUCGUAGAUGGUGAUUGAGGAGAAAUUAUUACAACGUCGAGAUUACCAUAAUCUCAGUUAAUCUUUA